AAAUUAGAAGGGGAUUUUAUAGACAAGCACACAUAAUGAUUAAUUUUCCAAUAUGUAGGAGUUUAAAUUCAAGAUCAGUCUGAGAAUAUAAAAGUUUAAAUAGUGUGGUUGAUAUUGAUUAUUGAAAAAGUCAAAAAAGAGAACAGUACAACAAUUGCUUGAGCGUAGAGUUUCAUUAUUGUUAUCCAUAAUGCCACCGAAGAAAGUAGAGGCAAAAACGCCAAAAGCUGUGUCAAAACCGGCAGGAAAAGUGAAUAGCAUUAAAACAGGUACUACAAAACAGGGAACUACAAGUAAAGCUUCACCAACAACAAUCAAACCUACAGAUAAAAAAAAGGAAGAGGCGACUCCAGUUACAGCAGCUAUUGAAGUGGAAAACAUGCCUGUAAAACAAUUGGGAAAAUUACUAGCUCCUGAUCCUGGAGUUAACUGGUGCAAAUCUGGAAAAUGGCCUUGCUUGUUAGACCCAACCACUACAGCUGGUACAUUUCUGAGGUACAGGGAUACUAACUAUCUACAAGCAGUCUCUCCAAAGGAAAUGGAAUCGGAACGCAUAAGGAAGGCAUUACUAGGAGGUCUGAGAUAUGGAAAACCAUUGAUAAUAGAUUUAGGUGAAAUAGACAGAUUUGAUAUGAUCACAACACAGAUCAAUAGAGUACAAGAAGGUUUAAUGGAAAAAAUUCUUAAUAAAAGUAUUUUACAGGUAGAAAAUUUCGAGACUUUGGUUAAAGAUGAAGACGGAGAUGAGUAUAAACCGGACAAAUUUACUGGAGGAAUGGCAGACCAGUUUGUAUUUCUUGUAAUCAUUGCUGGAGAAGUACCCCCACCAGACGCCUCCAACAAAAUGUUUUAUAUAUUGGUCAACUGAUCUUUAUGUGUGAUAUGACUUUAAAAUGCAAUAGAUGUUUUUUUUUAUUGUUAAUGUCUAUUUAUCUGCACAUAAUUAAACGAAAAAAGUACAAUAA